AUGCAGUCCCCGAGUGCGCUUCGUCUUGCAGCGCUCGCCGUCUCGGCCUCGCUCGCCGCCAUGAGCGCGAGUGCGCAGCUCGUGGGCUCGAGCACGGCGGAAACGCACCCCCCGCUCACGACGCAGACCUGUACCAAGAAAAGCGGCUGCAAGGACGACGCGACGUCGGUGGUGAUCGACGCCAACUGGCGCUGGCUGCACGAGGCCACGGGCACGAAGAACUGCUACACGGGCAACAAGUGGGACGAGACGCUGUGCCCGGACCCCAAGAAGUGCGCGACCAACUGCGCGCUCGAGGGCGCCGACUACACGGGCACGUACGGCGUCACGACCGAAGACGAUACGCUGAACUUGCAGUUCGUGACCAAGGGGCCGUACAGCACGAACAUCGGCUCGCGUGUGUACGUCAUGGACGCGGACGACGAGCACUAUCGGAUGUACAUGCUGCUGAACCAGGAGUUCACCUUCGACGUGGACGUGUCCGAGCUCGGCUGCGGUCUCAACGGCGCGCUGUACUUUAUCGAGAUGGAGGCCGACGGCGGCAAGAAGCGCUUCCCGACGAACAAAGCCGGCGCCAAGUACGGCACGGGCUACUGCGACGCGCAGUGUCCGCGCGACAUUAAGUUCAUCAGCGGCGAGGCGAACAUUGUCGACUGGACGCCGAGCAAGACGGACGAGAACUCGGGCUCGGGCAAGUACGGCGCGUGCUGCGGCGAGAUGGACAUCUGGGAGGCCAACAGCAUCAGUAACGCGUACACGUCGCACCCGUGCACGACCACGACCAAGACGGUUGGCGCGCACCGUUGCACGACCGAGAAGGAGUGCGGCGUCGACAAGAACCGCUACAACGGGGUCUGCGACAAGGACGGCUGCGACUUCAACCCGUACCGCAUGGGCAACAAGACGUUCUUCGGCCCGGGCGCCGAGUUUGCCAUCGACACGACCAAGAAGAUCACGGUCGUGACUCGGUUCUACACGGACGACAACACGGCGAAGGGCACGCUCGUGGACAUCACGCGCCACUACGUGCAAGACGGCAAGACGUUCGAGAUGGCGCAGUCGACGUUCAAGGCGACCAAGGGCAUGAACUCGCUCACGGACGCCAAGUGCGCGACGACCAAGAAGCUCUUUGGGGACAAGGACGACCACAAGGCCAAGGGCGGGCUGGCGCAAAUGGGCCUCUCGAUGAGCCGCGGGAUGGUGCUGGCCAUUAGUUUGUGGGCCGACCACGCGGCCCAGUGCCUGUGGCUCGACUCGGACUACCCCGUGACGGCCGACAAGUCGAAGCCCGGUGUCUCGCGCGGCACGUGCGCGACGACGUCCGGUCUCCCUGAAGACGUCAUUGCUGAGCAGGCCAAGUCGACCGUGCGGUUUACCAACAUCCGCAUUGGCGACAUUGGCACAACGGUGAAGGGCAUCAGUACCAAGAAGAGCGCCAUGGCGGUCCAGGACGACGACGAGGAGGAGGACAGCGAGGAAGCCGGCAACGCUACGAAGCAGUCCAGCACUCCGUCAGUGGCAUCCGCGGCGAAGAAGGGUGACAGUGAGAUCGCUGGGGAGGCCGACCCGGCAGUGGUGGACCCGACGGCGACUAAGGGCGACGACGCGGAAGAGGAGGACUUGACGGCCACGAAGGGAGACGACACGGAAGAGGUGGACCUGACGGCCACGAAGGGCGACGACACGGAAGAGGUGGACCUGACGGCCACCAAGGGCGACGACACGGAAGAGGUGGACCUGACGGCCACGAAGGGUGACGACACGGAAGAGGUGGACGUGGACCUGACGGCCACGAAGGGAGACGACACGGAAGAGGUGGACGUGGACCUGACGGCCACGAAGGGAGACGACACGGAAGAGGUGGACGUGGACCUGACGGCCACGAAGGGAGACGACACGGAAGAGGUGGACCUGACGGCCACCAAGUCCGACACCGCAUGCAAGCGCCGUCAGCGCCGUGCUUAG